GUCGGUUGUGUGUCUCGGUGAACGAUGCCGGGGCCACACUGAGCAUAGCCCACACAUACAUCCCAGAUGAACAGCUGCUCCAGGGCACUAAUGGAGUGCACUCUGUCUGUACGAGCAAGGUAGUAUAUCACUUCAGUCAGAAGGCAGUAUAUCACUUCAGUCAGAAGGUAGUAUAUCACUUCAGUCAGAAGGUAGUAUAUCACUUCUGUCAGAAGGUAGUAUAUCACUUCAGUUAG